AUGGCCUUCGGAUUCACUAAGGUUGAUCUUCUCAAGUGGUGUUGGCCCAGUGGUGACUUACGAUUACAAACUCGCAGUCAUCCCGAUCGAUUCCACGAAAAUCAUCGAUUCGAGUCUUACGGAGUGAUUGAACGUCUUGAAACUGAUGCCAUGCGUAAUCUUCGAGAAUUUGAUCAACGUCGACGUGGUUCAUUUUCUGAAAAGAGAUAA